CUGGGGGUGCUGGCGGCGGCCUGGCCCCCCUCGGCCCCGGCGCUCUCGGUUUCCUUCGUUCCCUGCCAGCAUGGAGUUCGCCGAGCUGAUCAAGACUCCCCGGGCAGACAACGCCGUCCUGCACCGGCCCUUCCACCCGACCGUGGAGGGAACGCUGUGCCUCACAGGGCACCACCUCAUCUUCUCCUCUCGGCGCCAGGAUAACGAGGAGGAGUUGUGGCUGCUGCACUCCAAUAUCGACUGCAUUGAGAAAAGGUUUCUGGGCUCAGUGGGAACCAUCAUUAUAAAAUGCAAAGAUCUGCGAAUUAUUCAGCUGGAUAUUCCUGGAAUGGAGGAGUGUCUGAACAUUGCUAGCUCUAUUGAGGCACUUUCUACGUUGGAUUCUGUCACUCUUAUGUACCCGUUCUUCUACCGGCCCAUGUUUGAAAUUGUUGAAGAUGGAUGGAGUGCUUUUCUGCCCGAGAAAGAGUUUGAAGUCCUCAACUCAGUGACAGAUCAAUGGCGUCUCAGCUACAUCAAUAAGGACUUCUCCAUCUGCCCUUCCUACCCUCCAGUGGUUAUUGUCCCCAAAUCCAUCGAUGAUGAAACACUUCAGAAGGUUGCAGCGUAUCGCCAUGGCGGUCGCUUCCCGGUCCUCAGCUAUUAUCAUAAGAAGAAUGGCAUGGUCAUGAUGCGAAGCAGCCAGCCUCUGACAGGUACAAAUGGGAGACGCUGUAAAGAAGAUGAGAAACUUGUUAAUGCCACUCUUCGUCCUGGGAAGCGUGGGUACAUCAUUGACACGAGGUCCCUGAAUGCUGCCCAGCAGGCCAGGGCCAAAGGAGGAGGCUUUGAACAAGAAGUGUAUUAUCCCCAGUGGAGGAGGAUUCACAGGUGCAUUGAGAGGUUUAAUAUUCUGCAGGAAAGCCUCAUCAAACUCGUAGAAGCUUGCAAUGACCAGUCACACAACAUGGACCGCUGGCUCAGUAAACUGGAAGCUUCCAACUGGAUGACUUACAUCAAGGAGAUACUCACUGCAGCUUGCCUAGCUGCUCAGUGUAUUGAUAGGGAAGGUGCAUCAGUGUUGGUUCAUGGGACUGAAGGAACUGAUUCAACACUCCAGGUAACUUCUCUGGCACAGAUUAUCUUGGAUCCAGACUGCAGGACCAUACAAGGCUUUGAAUCUCUUCUUGUCAGGGAGUGGCUACAGGCUGGUCACCCUUUUCAGCAGCGCUGCGCCCAAUCAGCCUACUCAAAUAGCAAGCAGAAAUUGGAGGCCCCAGUGUUUCUUCUCUUUUUGGACUGUGUAUGGCAAAUCCUCCAUCAGUUUCCUUGCUCUUUUGAAUUCAAUGAACACUUCCUUGUUACACUCUUUGAGCACGCCUAUGCUUCACAAUUUGGGACUUUCCUGGGAAACAAUGAAAACGAAAGGUCUAAACUGAAGCUGCAGCAGAAGACUAUGUCCCUGUGGUCCUGGGUGAACCAGCCUGAAGAGCUGAAAAAUUUCCAGAAUCCUCUUUUUGAGGCCAACAGCCUUGUCAUCUGGCCCUCUGUGGCCCCACAGAGCCUGCAGCUCUGGGAAGGUAUAUUCCUGCGAUGGAACAGGCCUUCCAGAUACCUAGAUGAAGCCGAGGAAGAAAUGAAGAGGAUUAUAGACUACAACAGGUUUCUUCAGGACAAGGUUAAUUCAAUGAGGAAGCAGAUAAUGCAGACAGAAACGGAGGACAGGAUGGACAAGGUGGACAAGGUGGACGAGGUGGACAAGGUGGAUGAGGUGGACAAGGUGGAUGAGGUGGACAAGGUGGACGAGGUGGACGAGGUGGACAAGGUGGACAAGGUGGAUGAGGUGGAUGAGGUGGAUGAGGUGGAUGAGGUGGAUGAGGUAGACGAGGUGCAGGAGAACCCAUGA